AUGCCCAGUGUAGGAAGCGACAACAGUCCACCAGACAUUGUCUCUGAGAAGGCGGUCCCAGAGACUGACAAUCCUCUUACCUCCCUCGACUCCGAAGAGGCAGACAAGCUACGUUCUGAAGCACUUUCGACCGAUGUUACCAAGCUCAAAAACGGCUAUUUCUCCAGUCCAAGGAUUGUAGGGUCAUUCUUGGGAACGGGCAUCGUCGUUGUUGCGACCUACUUCCAGUUUCAAGCCCUAGCUGCCGCUGUGUCUUCUGUCAACGCAGAUAUCGGACCCAGCGCCAAUAUCGCCCUUGUAAAUACAGUAUGGACUGUGUCACAACCCAUCUCGCUUCUGCUGUUCGGUCGGCUCAGUGAUCGCUUUGGUCGUCGCAACUUUGCCUUGGGUUCCUGUGUGCUUGCGAUCGUCGGCGGCAUAGUUGCAGCAACAGCACAGUCUAUUGAGACGUUGAUCGGAGCAGAGGUCAUCAUGGGUAUUGCCUCUGGAGUACCAGCGGCUUAUCCACUUCUAGCUGGUGAGCUAGUUAGCAACAAACACAAGUAUAUCGGCACUGCUCUGGUUGUCGUGCCUAAUGUCAUUGCAACGGGAUUUGGGGCGUACAUUGGCCUGCGGCUGGUCCAGGUGGCUAGCUGGAGAUGGAUCUUUUACAUAUAUAUCAUGAUGAUGGUGCCCGGCGCUAUCUUAUGGUUCUUCUUUUACCACCCACCUUCUUAUACCCAGCUCCACGGGAAAAGAUCCAGCAAACUCGCAGAGCUUAAGAAGGUUGACUGGAUGGGCGUCGGUCUUCUUGUGGCUGGCUUAGCUCUCUUCCUGCUCGGUAUAUCGUGGGGUGGUCCGGCGCAACCUUGGUCCUCUCCAAGAAUUCUCGGUCUAUUACUCUCGGGUGCUGCAGCCAUCGUCGCAUUCGUCCUUUACGAAGUCUUCUUGCCGCCAGCACAACCGAUCGUUCCUAUGUAUUUCUUCCGCGACAUGCGUGGCUUCACCUGUUUGGAGGUUAUUUCAGCAACCUACGGCAUCAUCAACAUCGCGCUCUUUGUCAUGUGGUCGCAACAGGUUGUCUAUAUCUUCGGCUCGACUGUGAGCUCGUGGCAGGAGACCGCUUGGCUUUCAACGACAGCUGCAUUCGGUCUUUGGGGAGGUAUAGUCAUUCUCGGGCCGCUCAUGUCAUGGAUCGGUCACAUCAGGUACCAGAUCCUGAUUUCCUCGAUCUGGAUGACCGCUUUUCUUGGUGCGAUGGCCAGCAUCACAGUAGAAGACAAAGCUCGCGCAAUCGCUUUCUCGUUUCUCGCAGGCUGGACUAUCGGGUGGGGUGAAGUCAUAGCAGCAAUCGUCGUACAGUAUGUAGUCUCCGACCAAGAUCUCGGAGUGGCGUUUUCUGUCAUCUCAGCAUCCCGUACCAUUUUCGGUUCCAUCUUCACUGCUGCCUUUAUCGCAGUGUAUACGAACAAGGUGCCAGGCUAUCUCGCACUGAUAGUACCGCAACGUGUUCUAGCGGAUGGGCUACCUGCAAGCUCCUUGAGCGCACUUAUGACGGCUGCAGCUACCGCCAAUCAAACGGCUCUUCUCGAGAUUGAUGGUAUGACACCGGAGCUGCUUCACACCACCAAUAUAGCUGUUAGCGACGCCUACUCCAAGUCAUACGCCUAUGUGUACUACUUUGCUGUAGCUAUUGGAGGGCUCGCAAUCAUUGCAUCGCUAUGUAUGCGAGACUUUGAUGAGUAUUUGACCGGCCACGUGUCGAGGCAGCUAUACCACAAGAGAGACACGAGUACUGAUCCACUGGAGGUAACGACGCGAGAAGUCGAUGAAGUUCAGGAUGGUGAUAUUGAGGGCAAGAUGACAGGCUGA